GCCCGACGGAAAGAUGGCGUUUUUACGCUGUAGAAGAGAUCUCUGUGGUGUUAUUUGCCUGGUUUUAACUUAUUUCAGCGUGUUUUACGCGGACUAUGUGGUCAUACAGUAUGUUCUCAUCCCUGCCUACGCUGACAGCGUUUGGGGAAUGCUGCAUGGAUCCUUGUUCAACCUGAUCCUGCUGCUGCUGCUGGCCUGCCACUCCAAAGCCGUCUUCUCAGAUCCUGGCAUGGUGCCGCUCCCGGACACGGCCUUGGACUUCUCAGACCUGCGAUCUCAGUCGUCUCGGAUGAACGAGCGGGGCUGUGAGGGCUGGACGGUGUGCAGCCGCUGCGAGACAUACAGACCUCCCAGAGCGCACCACUGCAGGGUCUGCCAGAGGUGCAUCCGCCGCAUGGACCACCACUGUCCCUGGAUCAAUAAUUGUGUCGGGGAGUUGAACCAGAAAUAUUUCAUCCAGUUUCUCUUCUACACCGGCGUCGCCAGCCUGUACUCCAUGGUUCUGGUGGUGUGGGCCUGGGUGUGGCGGAUCCGGAACGAGAGGGAAGGCGACGCCGACAAGGAGGGAGACGAGUCGCCGAGCAAACAUCUGAUAGUAGCUCAUUACCUCAUCCUGCUGGUGGAGUCGGUUCUGUUCGGGGUGUUUGUCAUGGUCAUCUUCUACGAUCAGCUGAUCUCCAUCAUCACUGAUGAGACUCCCAUCGAACAGAUGAAGAACCGGCUGACGAUCAGAGACCGGAGCUCUUCCUUUUCCUCCUCGCCGUCCUCCGCCUCUCCGCAGCAGCCGCCCCAUCACCUGCCGCACGCCACCCGCAAGCCCAAGCUGGCUCUGCUGAGGGAGGUCUUCGGUAGAGCUUCUUUGUCCAGGUUCGGUUUUCUGCUGGCUGCUGCCGCUCCACUCCAACCCGCCAUCAGCUGGAGGAAUCAUCUACUCCGCCCUGCCCGACUACGACGUCUGACCUCCAACCUCCGGCCUCUGACCUGUGAGCGGAGGAGCUGAUGUUUGUGUGCGAAGAAAUGACUUUGCUGCCUAAAAAUGAUGUCUCAUCUUUCAGCUGAGAGGUGAAAAUGAAGAAGGGAUGACUGAGCAGAGCCUGUUUGCAUUCAGAUGAUGAAUGAAUGAAUGAAGGAAUGAAUGAUGAUGCACUGAGUCCUAAUGAUUUUACCCUCCAGGACCUAAAGAAGCGGUUUAGCUUCAGACUUGUCAAACACUUUUUACUGAAUUCCUGUGAUGAGGAAACGACACUGAGCUUCUUGUGGCCCGAAGUUUUACGACCAGCAAUUCCUCAGAUCUUUAUGUAUCUAUUUAUAGCAGCAUUUCUCUGGAAACUAGGAGAAUCAAUCCGUCUUUAAUGACUUUUGUCCUGGUUUAAACGGUAACCAUGCAGAACUCAUGCAGUGUGUACAUCAGGGAUGGACCGAAUGUGUCAAACUUCGACUAAUAUUUCAGUACAUUACUUUUUAAAAAUCACAAAAUGCAAACAUUAAUAGAAAAAUGAUUAAUUUCUCAACCAAAACUACUACUUGGUAUUGAAUAUUAAUCUUGUUGCACUGCUAAAAACACUUUCCAAUAACAAUAAAUCUAAUAUAAAUAAUGGUGGUUCGUAUUCCUGUCACAGUAAGACAUUUGUCUGGACGAUAAUUGUCUCAAAAGUUAUUACGAAAAACGAUUUUAUUGUUGUUUUGAGACAAUUUUCAAGUAAUGUAAUAGUAACAUAAUAAUACAAGAAUAUAUUCUCAAAGAUCAAUAAACUUUAAAUUCUGAUGCACAUUUAACACUGGAAUACGAAGACAUUUUUAAAUAAACAAAACAACAAAUAAAAUUAUUUCUGAAGUUUCUGUAAACAAAAUUGUUCCUCAAAAAAAAGCAACUUGUUGAGAUUAAAAUCCCAGACUGAAACUUGUAUCAUCCAGUUUUUGGUAGAAAAACGAUAAACCGUACAAAAGUAAUGCAACAUUAUUGAGUUUGUUUAAAUUUAUCAUGUGAUUAAAUAAGUUCUAAUAAUUUUUCAUUAUAAAUCUUAAUCCCAAUCUGAUGGAGUCCAACAGCAAACCUUUAAACACCCAAACAAGCCUAAAUAUUUCAGUUUCAUGUUUCAGGAAAUUAGUUAAUGUCACUUUUUAAACAGCCACCAGACACUUUAAUACUCAGCAGUUUGUGCUGAAUUUUACUUCAGCAUCAAGGUAGAAGAAAAAAAGUUUUCUCAAUUAAUUUAAUUUCUUUUUUGUUGUUGACAUCAUCAGCAAACAGAAAAAUUUUCAUCACCAUGAUUGACUGAUUUAGCCGUUUUAUUUUUUUUUAUUUCUCAGCAGCGCCCCCUGCUGUUUAUUACAAAGGUUUCUGGUCUUUAUGAAGAAAUUUUACAAGUUCAAAAACUCAGGAAACUUCUAUAAAUGUGGAUAAAAAUGAUUUGCGUUUAAAUACAAAUGAAAUUAGCAGGUUAAAUUGGGAAUCAUUUCUUAUUUCAGUCGUUUAAUUUUGUGUAAGUAAAUUGAUUAAUCUGUCAAGUCUAGAU